AUGGUAACACGUAUUGUAAAAAUCGGAGGUGCAUCCAUAACAGAUAAAGCUCAGUUUGAACAUGUUAAUUUGCCAAAUAUUGAUUUUAUCGUUGACUUAUUUAAAAACAACUAUAAAAAUUUAAUUUUAAUUCAUGGUGCUGGAUCAUUUGGUCAUCAUCAAGCUAAAAAAUAUAAAUUAAAUGAAGGCUAUAAAAAUACUUAUAAUUAUGAAGAAUGUCGUUUGGGUGUUUGUGAUACUCGACGAUCAUUAGGUCGUUUACAACAAUAUUUAUUGGAUGCAUUCCUUGGUGCUCAAAUCCCUGUUGUUAGAAUUUCACCAUUUGAUUUUCUUAUUUCGGAUCAAUUUGAAUUAACAGAUGAAAAUUAUAAACAACUUUAUCAACGUUUAGAUAUUCUACUAUCAAAUGGUUAUGUUCCACUUUUGCAUGGUGAUGUUUUAUUGGAUAAAAAAACUCAUUGGAGAAUAUUAAGUGGGGAUGAUAUUUUACUUAAAUUAGCGGAAUAUUAUCAACCACGUCAAUGCAUAUUUCUAACUUCAGUACCUGGUAUUCUUCAAUCUAAUGGAAAUGUUAUUGAAGAAUUCUAUGUUGGUGAAAGUAAAAUCGAUGAACUCGAUCAUCAAUCAUCAAUUAUUGAUGUCACAGGAUCAAUGCAAAAUAAAGUGAUGAUUGCUUGUGCUAUUGUUAACAAACUAGAUACAUGUCAAGUAUUUAUUGUACAAGGUGUUAGUAAAAAUGCAAAACAUCUUCUUUCAUCAUCAAUAAACGAUGAUGAAGAAUUUAUUUUAAAUGGAAGUACAAGAAUUUUGAAGAAACAUUAA